AUGGCUCAAGUUGAACAACCUAUUAGUGUUCUUAAAUCACAAUCCUCAAAAUCUAAUCCAAUUGUUAUUAAUGAAGAAGAUGAUGAUGUUGAAAUGGAAACCACUAAUGUUGUAGUCAAGAAAGAAAUCAAAGAAGGAUCACCAAUUGAUAUUACUGGAGAAACUAUUUUAGUUGAUGGAGAAGAAGUAGCAUAUGGAGAAUAUUUAAAAACUUACCAAAUUCAAAAAGAAAUUAUUUCAAAUGAAUAUAAAAAAGCUUAUGAAAAUGCUUCACCACCAAAAGAUAAUAAUUUUCAUGAUAUUAAAGCAUAUGUUGAAAUUGGUUUAAGACAUUUUAAUGGUUCAGAAGCUUAUUUUUUAGAUAAAAAAAAUUAUAAUUAUGAUCAUAUUUGUGGGAAUUUUCCAUCACCAAGAACUAUUCAUGAAUAUGAUGGUAUGUUUCAAAUUUUAGCAACUGAAUUUAUCACUGAUUUAGAAUCUAAAAAAAUGUUUGGAUUUUUAAAAGAAAGAUUAAGACAAAAUAAUCAAAAUUUUAAAUCAAAAUUUAUUAAUAUUACAAUGAGUGAUAUUGUUAAUUAUCUUAAUGGUAGAGAUCCAAUUACAAUUGAAAGACAAAUUGUUAAUAAAUUAACUAGUUAUUGGUCUGAAUUUGAAUCAAAAUCAAAUCCUAGAUUUAUUAUUGAUUUUUUCAUUAACAAUCAAAAGGGAAUUAAAGAAUCAAAAGAUGAAAUUAAUUUAUUUUUAGGUUUAUUACCAUUAGAAUAUAAAUUAUUUUUUAAAAUUUUAGAAGGUCAUAAUGAACCAUUGAAAAGAUUUACAAGUUUAUUAACUCAAGAAUAUUUAAAAUAUUUAAAGAAUAAAAAAGGUUAUAAUUUAAUUGGAUUUGAAAAAAUUAAAUCAAAAGUUAAUUUCCCUGAAGCUCCAUUAACUCAACAAAUUUUGGGUAUCAAUAAAAAAGAUAUUACUGAUAUCGUUGCAGAUUAUAUGAAACAAAAUAUUGCAUCAACUCAAGAAGCUUGGGCUCAAACAUUGAAAAGCAUUCAACAUAAUAGUAACAACAAUAGAAAUGGUGGAGGAUUUCAUAGAGGUGGAGGUGGUGGUGGUGGUAGUAAUUCAUUUAAAUCAAAAGGUAAAUUUGAAAAAUCUUCUGGUGGUGGUGGUGGUAGAAGUACAAGUCAUAGAGAAGAUGAAUAUCAUCCAUCAGAUUUUAAAAAACGUCCAAGAGAUGAUGGUAAUGUUUCUGGUGGUGCUACUAAAAAACCAACUGGUGGUUCCGUUAAUCCUGAACGUGUAAAUUUAGUUGCUCCAAGUGGUGCAUCAUCACCUGCAACAACAACAACUGCUGCUCCUGCUGCUGCUGCUGCCAGUAACUCCACUAGUAGUUUUAUUAAUGAAGCAUUGGGUGGAACUCCAAGAAGUGAUCAUCAUGGUGCUGGUUCUUCAAGUGUUAGUGCACCAUCAGGUGGAUUUGGUAGAACAUUACCAAGAGGUUCAACUAAUCCUGUUCCUCCUCCACCACCUUCAGGACCUGGAGGAAGAAGAGAUUCAAGAGGUGCAUCAAAUGGUGGAUAUGGUGGUUCAUCAAGUGGUGGAUAUGGAGGUUCAGCUAGAGGAGGAAGAGAUGGCGGUUCAUCUAGAGGAGGAAGAGAUUCCGGAAGAGGUGGAAGAGAUAGUGGAAGAGGUGGUGGAAGGGGUGGAUCUUCUAGAGGCGGUGGAUCCAGAGGUGGAUCUAGAGGUGGAAGAAGAUAA